AUGGAUACUCUACUCACCGCUGACUCGGCGGUCAAUUCGCCCCGCUACAGGCGGAAGUCGAGUACUUUUGUUGAUGCCAUCCACGACCUUCCCGAGAGGGGAGAAAUGGCACCGGCUCAGCUCUACAGCACCGAAUCAGGUCGGUUAUUCCACGCGGGUCGCAUUGCGAUUGCUACAGUAGGUCUUCCCGCACGCGGAAAGACACACAUAUCUGUGGCACUUGCUCGAUAUCUGCGCUGGCUGGGCGUCAAAACUCGAAUCUUCCACCUGGGCGACUACCGAAGAGAGAUUGUAGGCCAGGGCAAGGAUGUACCCGACGAUUACUUCUUUGUCAAUGCGUCCGCCUCUUCUGUAUUACUGCGACAGAAGAUCCUCAAGAAAUGCCGAGAGGACAUCUACCACUUCCUCAACCACGAGAACGGUCAAAUCGCCAUCUAUGACGCCGUUAACCCCCUUGCUGCUGGCCGGAGAUCUCUCGCCAAAGAAUUCGCCAAACACGACAUCAAGUGUCUAUUCAUCGAGUCUAGUUGCGACGACCAACGGAUCAUCGAGGAGAAUGUGCGCAGCGUGAAGAUAUCCUCACCAGACUAUUAUGGCUGGAACGAGGGUGAUGCCGUCAAGCACUAUCUCAGUCGCAUGUCAGCAAAAAUACCUCAUUUCGAGACCAUGGAGGAGCCAGAUCUUGAUUGGAUUAAGAUGAUCAACGCCGGAGAGAGAAUCGUCGUCAACAACACCAACUUUGGAUACCUGUCUCACCGUAUUGUGUUUUAUCUGUUGAAUUUACACAUCAAAUCACGACAUACAUAUUUCGCACGCGCAGGCGUGACACUGGAAGAGGAAUCAUUCAAAGCCGACGCUUCCCUGUCUCCGCAAGGGAGAGAGUACGCGAGGAAGAUGACAGAUACCCUGUUGAAGCAUCGAGAGGAGGAAAGACGUGCUAUAAUCGGAAAGGGUGGUCCGGAAACCCCGCUUAAGCCACUCAUUGUGUGGACGUCGACACGGCGGCGGACUGUCGAGACAUCUGCAUUCCUACAAGAGAAGAAUUUCAAGGUCAGGCAACGAUCUCAGAUGAGCCAGCUCAACCCUGGAGUAUGCGAAAAGAAGUCGGAGCGGAGGAUUCGUCAGGAUUAUCCCGAAGAAGUGCUAAAGCAUGAGCUGGAUCCCUAUCACCACAGAUUCCCCAGAGCAGAGUCUUACCACGAUGUCGCUGUGCGACUGGAGCCCGUGAUUCUUGAAUUGGAGAGGGAACAAAAUGAUUUACUCAUUAUCGCUCACGAGAGUGUUCUCCGCGUUCUUUAUGGCUACCUAAUGGCCUGCAACGCUGCCGACAUCCCCUUCCUCUCCUUCCCACGGGAUGAGAUCAUCGAGAUCAUUCCUGCAAGCUAUAAUAACGAGGCCAAGCGCAUCAAAAUCCCGGACCUUCCACCAGAGAUUAUACCUGCCUCGCCAGAAGGUAUAAAAGCCCCUGCACCACCAAGUGGAUUCGUCACACCCGUGCCCGGUCUGGGAAGCGGCAUAGGAAGUCCUCGCGGCGGCGGCCGAGGUUCUGGGACACCGGAGCCCCAGGCAUCUGGCGUGAAGACGCCGGAGGAUGCCGAGAACCUGGCGGUGAGGAUGCAUGAUGUUGUAUGAUUGCGUAAUCGUCCGCAAUGGCAGCCCAACAACAUUAUCGUAGGCUGAUGGAGCACGACGGAACGAGACGUUAGAUGCGUGAUCUGUUGACGUAAAGGUUGAUGCCAUUUAGGUGCUCAGCAUUUCAGCCGCCAUGCAGUGUAGACACGAAGAGAAUAUUAUCAUUGUUGGCGAGCUCGUAUUUCUCUUCACCCUCGAGUUCCCAGUCGGAGUCGUUGAUUAGGACAAGGAUGCCCGGACGCCUUUAGUUUUGAGUUAG